UCAAUUUUGUAUCACCACCUUAUAUCAUUCCUCAUUUUAUCUACAAAGCACUCUUUUUUCCACACUUUCAUCAACACACAGCCUUACUGGUUGUAGUAACCCAAACUUGUACAGAAAGAUGCAGCCUUCAACUGCAGAACGUAUUGCAAGACUGUCGGCUCAUAUCAGUCCUUCAAAUCUUCAGAUGGGGGAGAGUUCCAUGUUGGAGAGGGCUAACUGCAGAGCAAAAGGUGGUGCACCCGGGUUCAAAGUUGCGAUUCUUGGUGCUGCUGGAGGCAUUGGUCAACCACUCGCAAUGUUGAUGAAGAUGAAUCCACUGGUGUCGGUUCUUCACCUCUAUGAUGUCGUCAACAGCCCGGGUGUCACUGCUGAUAUUAGCCACAUGGACACCGGUGCUGUUGUGCGAGGUUUUCUGGGACAGAAAGAGCUCGAGGCUGCCCUGACAGGGAUGGAUCUUGUGGUCAUUCCUGCUGGUGUGCCGAGGAAGCCAGGAAUGACGAGAGAUGACCUUUUCAACAUCAAUGCCGGGAUUGUGAGGACGCUGUGCGAAGGAAUCGCCAAGUGCUGCCCAAAUGCACUCGUCAACUUGAUCAGCAAUCCUGUCAACUCCACAGUUCCAAUUGCAGCAGAAGUUUUCAAGAAAGCGGGCAUCUAUGAUCCUAAGAAGCUUCUUGGAGUCACCAUGCUCGACGUUGUGAGAGCCAACACUUUCGUGGCAGAAGUUUUGGGACUAGAUCCUAGGGAGGUUGAUGUUCCUGUUGUUGGAGGUCAUGCAGGGGUGACGAUUUUGCCUCUUCUCUCUCAGGUCAAACCGCCAUGCUCAUUCACCCCCGAGGAAACAGAAUUCCUGACAAAGCGCAUUCAAGACGGUGGGACAGAAGUAGUUCAGGCGAAGGCCGGGGCAGGAUCUGCAACUUUAUCAAUGGCAUACGCUGCUGUUAAAUUUGCAGAUUUAUGCCUCCGGGGCUUAAGAGGAGAUGCUGGUAUCGUGGCAUGUGCCUACGUAGAUUCUAAGGUGACAGAACUCCCUUUCUUUGCCUCUAAGGUGAGGCUUGGGCGCGGUGGAGCUGAGGAGGUGUACCAACUUGGACCCCUGAAUGAGUAUGAAAGGAUUGGAUUGGAGAAGGCAAAGCAAGAGUUGGCAUCCAGCAUUCAGAAGGGGGUUUCUUUCAUCAAGAAAUAGAAAUCUGGGAAUAUCCCAUUGUCAUUAAGGUCAUGUAUUUCUACAUAAAUGUAACUGAUAAGAAGAGCCAUGAAAAUCUCACUUCUCUAGCAUGGAAACCACUCCCCUAUACAAAAACUAUAUGUGCUUUACUGUUCUUGCUUGAGGAAAGUUCACUAUGCAUUCUCCGUAUUCACGAGCAA